AUGAUAUCGGGAGAUGAUACAAGUGUCGGCGAAAGUCAAAUGACGGCACCAUGUGAUGCAGUGGUGACAAUGCUCGAACAGUUCGGUGAUUUGUAUCGACUCGGUGCAGCGCCAGCAUUUUUGUUAUCUUUCAUCGAAGACUGUUUAAGCGAUAUCCUGACACGAUCACUGUCAUUGGUGGAACUGUUGGGUGGCACUGGUACCACAGGAAACAGCAAGAGCAGAACACAAGUUACACCGGCCACAGUCACGGCAGAACGUGUUGUGAGCGUAAUUGGCUGUGAUUAUUCAGAUUUACGCCUUAUUGUCAAUGUUGCUGCUGUAUACUAUCCUUCUGUUUUACAAGCUAUUAUAUAA